UCUUGUUCUAACUCCUCUUAUACCUUACUUCUGUCUGAAAAAUUACAAAAUAGACCCAGUUACUAUUAUUCAAAUCCCACUCCAUUACCUCGACCGGUCUCCCUUCCUGAGAAGAAGACCGUGUCUCCACUCUGUAUUGUGAAUCUUCCCUGACCGUUCAGCCAGUGUUCCAACAGCCCGAGGACACUCACUCUGCAUCCCUUCAUCUCAGAUGUUAUCACAUUUAGCUUCCCCGUGAUGAGUCUCUUCUGACAUUCCAUGUGGCAAUGAUCUACUCCUUAUGUAGGUGAAUACCCCUCUUUUUCACACUAGGACCGUCGGGAGGAAGGUGUCCAGUACUUGGGUUUAACCCACCUCCGUCAUCACCUGAUUGACUAGAUGUACUUGGAGAAGCAUAAACCUCUUCCGCAGUGGCAUUUGACACAUCUUCAGGCACGCGGGUCUUACCUUCCAAUGUGAUAUCUGGCAAUGUAAGGCUUGAAAUCAUGAUAACAAUCUCGACUAUAUAGUGCGGUAGGUCGUCAGCAUCUUUCCGCACCAGGGUUGAGAUCCCUGAACUUUCAUGACAGUGGAACAAAAUUAAAGGAAUUUAGUGAAAGUGAAUUUAGUAAAAGUGAAAGUCAAACAGGAAAGAUCCGGAUAUUGAAGCGUAUGACUCUUUUUUUACAAAUGUAAUUCUGAAGAGGCAAAUUUACAUUAUUUUGUCUUCCUCAUUUUUCCCGAGAUAAACUUGUCUUUUAUGUACUUAAAGAAAACAGAGAUAAUUUUCUGAAACAGUGAGUUCUGAAUAUGUUAUAGCUUUUUUUAAUGCAUUUAGAGAAGGUCAUUUGCUUAGCUGAUUAAUAGGUGUUGUAAGGUAGUGAACAUAUAUAAAAAAAAAUUUUCCUCGAAGUCAAAAAUGCAGUAAAUGUUACGUACAGUGCAUCCCCGUUUUUAAAUAAAAAACACUGAAGAAUUUGAAGUUUUCACGUAGAAACAAAGUGCUUCGCUCUCUAUUGAUUAGAGGUAAUUUCUUCGCACACAACCACUGACAGUUCCAAUAUGUGAACCUCACACUCCUCUAAAUCUAUAAACACUGUAGAUAUACUAUUUCUUUGUUUACAUUUAUUCACAGUGUUAAUAAUAAGUAAUUAAUUUAAGAGAUUGUUCGUUAAGCAGAAUAGAGAUAUCUUAUAAGUAGUUCAAAGUUCUGCUCAAUGUAUCAAUGCUCUCAUCAAUUUCAAGUCCCCCAACAUCUCUAUUUCAUUUUACAAGUUUUCUGUUGACAUUGAGAUAAAUAUUUCACUGAAGAUGAUCAACAUACUUAUCAACUUUUGAAGACUAAAAAGAACUUCAAGCAGAUGUCAAAUUGUUUCUAUAGCUUUUGGUUGAAUGAAUUUGGAAUAUUUCCUUGGAAUUGAAAUGGUUUACUAUAAUAUACCUUUAUUGGCUGGAAGUGUAUUCUUAGAGAUUUAGAUUAAACUGGGAAUCUUUAUCCUGGUGUUUUAUGUAUUUUAUGUGUAAGAAUUUAAAUAUCUGGAGACAGUUUGUUAAUCGAAGCAAUCACUUAAGGUUUUUCUUAACCAAACCUAUUCUCACUAUCAUAUAAUAUAUGUAUGUGUGUAUUGAUUGAUAGAUUCAAAGAGAAAGUUAUGAAUGAGAAAAAACAGUCUGAAAAUAUUGAUUUAUCAAUUCAACCACAGAAAAAUAUGAAAAAGAAAUCACAACCUCCUGAUAUUUAUGGCAAGAUAUUCUCAACUAGAAAGAAUUUAAUUCAACAUAAAUUAUGUCACUCAGUCACCAAACUUUUUCACUGUGAAGAUUGUGGUAAAAGAUUUACCACAAGGAGUUCUUUAUCGCUCCACAAGCAUAUUCACACAAGAGAGAAACCAUAUCAUUGUGAUAUCUGUGGUAAAGCAUUUUCUCAAAGUGGUGGUUUAUCUUCCCACAAACGAAUCCACACAGGAGAGAAACCAUAUCAUUGUAAUAUCUGUGAUAAAACAUUUUCUCAAAGUUAUGGUUUAUUUUCCCAUAAACGUAUCCACACAGGAGUAAAAUCAUACCACUGUUAUGUUUGUGGUAAAAAAUUUUCACACAGUGGUAGUUUGUCUUCUCACAACUACAUCCACACAGGAGAGAAACCAUACCACUGUGACAUCUGUGGGAAAAGAUUUUCACAAAGUGGUACCUUGUCUUACCACAAACGUACCCACACAGGAGAGAAACCAUACCUCUGUGAUAUCUGUGGUCAAGCAUUCUCUAAAAAUGUAACUUUAUCUAUUCACAAACGCACUCAUACAGGAGAGAAACCAUACCAUUGUGAUGUCUGUGGUAAGACAUUUUCUGACAGAGGCAGUUUAAUUUACCAUAAACCUAUUCACACAGGAAAGAAACCAUACCACUGUGAUAUCUGUGGUAAAACAUUCUCUCAAACUAGUUGUUUGUCUUCCCACAAACGUACCCAUACAGGAGAGAAACCAUAUCACUGUGAUAUAUGUGGUAAAUCUUUCACUAGAAAUUUUAGCUUAUCUGUCCACAAACGUAUCCACACUGGAGAGAAGCCAUACCAAUGUGAUAUUUGUGGUAUAACGUUCUGUCACAGGGGUAGUUUGUUUUACCAUAAACAAACUAUUCACACUGGAGAAAGACCGCACCACUGCAACAUUUGUGGUAAAACAUUUUCUGUUAGUGCUUGUUUGUCUUCCCACAUACGUAGCCAUGCAGGAGAGAAACCAUAUCACUGUGAUAUUUGUGGUAAAACAUUUUCUCAAAGUUGUAGUUUGUCCUCCCACAAACGUAUCCAUACAGGAGAGAAACCAUAUCACUGUGAUAUCUGUGGUAAAAUGUUCACUAAAAAUGGUAAUUUAUCUCUCCACAAACGUAUUCAUACUGGAGAGAAACCAUACCACUGUGAUAUCUGUGAUAAAAGAUUUUCAUACAGUGAUAAUUUAUCUGUUCAUAAACAUAUUCAUACAGCAGAGAAACCCUACCAUUGUGAUAUAUGUAGUAAAACAUUCACUCAAAAGGCUCAUUUAUCUGCUCACAAACGCAGCCAUACAGGAGAAAAACCAUAUCACUGUGAUGUAUGUGGUAAAACAUACUCUAGGAAUUAUAAUUUAACUAUCCACAAACAUAUCCAUGCAGGUGAGAAACUAGAUGAGUGUGAUCAGAAUGAACCAUAAAAUGCUAAUGUAUGAUGGUCAUUAAGCAAAACAGCAAUGUGAACUAGUGACUUAUCGUUUAUAACUUUUUCGUGACUGAAAUAAAUAAUAGAAAACACUUAUUUAAAUUAUAAGAUAUGUAUUUUUCCAUACUGAUAUAGGUUUACACUAUAAGCAUCAUCAUACUUGACUGACUGUCUUGAAUAAUUCAUUUUGUCAAGAGUACCUUCUACCAUCAGCUCAACCCUCUUUUCUAUCCAGCAGAUGUUAUCCUGGUAUGAUAUACAAUGUCUAAACCAGUGUUGUCAUCUUUCUUGCAUUCAUUGCCAAACACCUUUAAUACACAGUCACUUUUCCAGAUCAUUUGUGCUCUGCCUCUCAUGAAAGAUAACAUACACAUUCAACAGAUUGUAUUCAGCUGAUUUUCUUAAUGUGCCUCAGUUCUACAUUCAGAACCUGUGUCUCACUGCCAUACUUUACAAUUCUUACACAUUCAUCAUACAGUCUGUAUUUUGUACAAAGAAGGAAAUCCCUUAUUAUCAAAAGAUGUAAUAGCUCCUUGAACUUCUUCCAUCCCUUUCUUAUUCCUACUACUUGUACAUACAUUUCACUCUACUUCAUUCCUUAUGCCUACAUUUCAUUAUUCCUAGGUUGUCAGAAAUACUACAUUUCUAACAACUCCAUUCGUAUAUAUUCAGUAAGCAUAAUUUCCCUUAUGGCACUGGGAUUUUCUUUUUUCUUGUACUUCGAUUUUUGCCUUCGGAUUAUACACUAUUCUUCCUGAUCUUUGUACUGCAAACCUUUCAUAAAUGAAAUAAAUUUACUGAAACAAUAAAGAA